CCCUUCUUCCUAAAUAAGAAAAAAAAAACAAAAAAACUUGCUCAUAACCACUAACCAGUAUCGAAAAGAUUAAACAGGAAAGAAAAGAAAAAGAUAUCGAGUCUGACGACGAGUUCGAAUCGACAUAGGAGAGAGAAGCAACUGACAAGAGUUCAUUUUUGAUUGUGGAGUAACUAUUCGUGAAGUGGCUUAGUGUGGUUCUUCCGUUCAUCCAGGUUAUGCAGGAAAUGGAUGUAAUUCCAAUUGAAUCGAAAAAGGACACGUCUUCUGCUCCUGCUUCACAAGCUCCGUCUGAAGAACAUGAAAUCAAAGCCCGGGUGGAUUCUGUGUGGCAGCAGAUGAAUAAAGGAGUAUCUACCAAGACACUCAACUCCAUUGUAAACAAAUGCAGUUCAACUGCAAAUAAAUCCCCGCAGACAGACAAAAUUUCCAAUAAUUGGAUGUCAUUCUUGGGCUUGGGAUCAAAGAAAACAGAAGCCAAUGGGGCAUCCUUGGAAGGGAAGAGCACCAUUACUGCACAAAACGGAACCAGUGAUGAGGCAAAGAAGCUUGCUGCUGCUGCUCUUGCAGCAGCCAGAGAUGCUGCCUCUGCGUUAAACAGGGGAAAGAUUGAGGUUACGGAGGUUCGUGACUUUGCUGGUGAAGAGAUUGAAGUGAAGAAGCUGGUUGACCCUAGCUCAAAAGAGGCAGCUGAAAAGGCCAAGUCACAUGCAGCACCAUCAUCUGCAGUGGAUGCUGUUCUUGAACAAAUUAAGAAGAAACCAAAGCUCAGUCUUCUUGACAAGACCAAAAAGGACUGGGGAGAAUUUAAAGAAGAAAAUAAAGACUAUGAGGAGGAACUAGAUAUUUACAAGAAGAGUUCAAAUCAAUAUUUAGACAAGGUCUCCUUCCUGAAAAGGACAGACUAUCGGGAAUUUGAGAGAGAGAGAGAUGCAAGACUUGCACAGCAGGCAAGGCGGAGGUCAGAUAUGCGAGAGGAUCCCUAAUCGCUGAUUUAUACAUCCACAUAACAAUUUUCUUCUUGCUAUUUUUAAGGCAAUACUUGUGUUAUUGGAGAGGUUACAUGAUCUUUUUAUUACGCUAUGGAUCAAUUUUAGCUGUAGGAGAGUGCAAAUGCAGUGAGGCUGUAAUCAAACUUGAAUGAGAUUUGUGGAGUCGUUUGUGAAUUGUGAUUGUUGUACCAAGCAAAUGAAAUGCGCCCCAAAUUUUGAUUAUAAUACUAAAUUAUGUGUCAUU